GACACACAAUGUCCCAAUCCAUUUGGAAGUAACUCACGCAACAGCAUAUAACCUGCAAUCUUCAUAGUGUAAAAUAUCGUCUUGCUAUUUAAAGUCGUUUCGGAGUUUUUAUCUGGACGUUUCUGCUGUUGAGAAUAGUUUUGAGCGCUCGCAUCAUGGAGUACACCUCUUCCCCAAAACCUCAGCUCUCUUCCAGGGCGAACGCUUUCUCCAUAGCCGCGCUCAUGUCAAGUGGAAAAACCAAGGACAAGGAGUCUGAGGAAAACACCAUAAAGCCGCUGGAACAAUUCGUGGAAAAGUCGUCGUGCCAUCCAAACCUCGGCGACCUCCCUUCGCUGGAGACCCACAGCGACUUCAGCAGCGGCGGCGGCACCGGCGCCCCGUUAUGCACGGAGCCGCUCAUCCCGACGACUCCCGGUGUGCCGAGCGAGGAGAUGGCCAAGAUCACCUGCAGCCUCGAGACCAAAGAGCUGUGGGACAAGUUUCACGAACUCGGCACUGAAAUGAUUAUCACAAAGUCUGGAAGACGAAUGUUUCCGACAAUUCGUGUGUCAUUUUCCGGAGUGGACCCAGACGCCAAAUAUAUUGUGCUAAUGGACAUUGUUCCGGUGGACAAUAAGAGAUAUCGAUACGCCUACCACAGAUCCUCAUGGCUGGUGGCGGGAAAGGCAGAUCCACCUUUACCUGCUAGGUUAUACGUUCAUCCAGAUUCGCCAUUCACAGGAGAACAGCUGUUGAAACAAAUGGUUUCUUUCGAAAAAGUGAAGCUUACAAAUAACGAACUGGACCAGCACGGACACAUCAUUCUAAACUCCAUGCACAAGUACCAACCCAGAGUUCAUAUCAUCAAAAAGAAAGACCACACCGCGUCUCUGCUAAAUCUGAAGUCUGAGGAGUUUCGUACGUUCGUCUUCACCGAGACCGUAUUCACUGCGGUAACUGCUUACCAGAACCAGCUGAUAACCAGACUGAAGAUUGACAGCAACCCGUUUGCCAAAGGCUUCAGAGACUCCUCCAGACUCACGGAUAUUGAGAGGGAAAGUGUUGAGAGUUUGAUCCACAAGCACUCUUACGCCCGGUCACCCAUCAGGACUUAUGCUGGAGAUGAAGAGACUCUGGGAGAAGAAGGACAUUCGGCACACAGUAGAGGUUCAGCGUUCACUGCAUCAGACAACCUCUCCCUCAGCUCUUGGGUGACCACCACAUCCGGUUUCUCUGGCUUUCAGCACCCUCAGUCUCUUUCCGCCAUCGGCACCAGCACGGCAUCCCUGGCCAGUCCUCUCCCGCACCCCAUCCAGGGCUCCCUCCCCCCCUACAGUCGCCUGGGGAUGCCCCUCACUCCGUCCGCCCUUGCCAGCUCCAUGCAGGCCAGCGGACCCACCUUCCCCUCCUUCCACAUGCCGCGCUACCACCACUACUUCCAGCAAGGGCCCUACGCCGCCAUCCAGGGACUGCGGCACUCUUCCACAGUCAUGACCCCGUUUGUAUGAUUCCUGACACUGCAGAGUGAUACCAUUUACCUUUCGCUGGCAUGCGAAUACACACACACGCAAAAAAACACACGCUUACGAAAUGUAAAUAACAGUAACGGAUGACCUGGACGUGCUGCGUCACGCAGUUGUGCUGGAGAAAAGAAAAAGGUGAAAGGACUUGGAGCAUGUGUUUUUAGUGAUAAUAAGAGAACUGCAGAUGUUUUUGUGCUACCUUUAAAGAUUCAUCUCACAGCAAAUGAUGGAGAUCGCUGAACGCAACACUGGACAACUGCUGAUUUUUAUUUUCCAUGAUGCAUCACGUCUAAAGGGGACAGUUCACCCCAAAAAAUUUAAACCUAUCCAAUUAGGUUAUUUCUUUCUUCAGUAGAACAGAAAAGAGGACUUUUCUGGUGGUUAAUAAAAUCAGUCAAUGGCUACAGGCACUUUGAGAAUCCAAAAAAUACAGUGAGUUAAAACAAAACGAAUACCUACUGUAUGGUACCUGACAACACACUGAGGUCUUGUCAAAUGCACAGCCUAUCAAAGUAUUCUUCUGUCGGCGCGUGCAUGUACACGACCGUUUGACAUAUACAGAUUGUGACAACAUAAAAUACCACUAUUGACCCACAGGCAUUUGUUCAUGUGCAUAAUCUCGAUUGAGCAUCUUUCUUUAAAGCAUAGGUCUUAAACUCAAUUCCUGGAGGGCCGCAGCUCUGCACAGUUUUGCUCCAACCCUAAUCAAACACAGCUGAUGUAGCAGUCUUGAACACCUUGUUUAGUUGGAUCAGCUGUGUUUGAUUAGGGUUGGAGCAAAACUGUCCAGAGCUGCGGCCCUCCAGGAGUUGAGUUUGAGACCUCUUCACACAAUCUCUUGCCUACGCAUCCAUUGCUGAUGUCCCAUUAUCAUAAUCGUGAUCAAAAACCCAUUAUUAUAUGGCUCUACCAAACCCCUACCCCUAAACCCAACCAUUAUCCACUUGUUAAGUGGUGACGUGUUGGUGACGUAUGUAAUACCAACAAAGUCUCACGGCAAUUCGUAACUUAAAUUUAGUGGCUAAUUCGUAUGAAUUCGUACGAUUUAGUACGAUUUGCUCAUCCCCCAAUGACGGUUGGGUUUAGGGGUGGGGUUCUUUUUAAAAUCGUACAAUUUCGUACAACUGAACUCGUACGAAUUCGUACAAAUUAGCCACUAAACUGACAAAACGUAAAAUAUUUACGUUUUCUCGUGAGAUCAGGCUGGUAAUACUGUUUCUGAGUCCAAGCAGCCACUCAUUUGAAUUGAGAAACUAUUCGUUUAUGAUCACAUUUUAAAGUGAAUUAAAGUCAUAGUGUACACACCACUACAGGUCUGCAGAUGCUCCCUAUAGCAAAAGAACAGUAGCCAGCCACCUAGUGGAACAACUUCUUAUUACUGCGAAAAUCUAAAUGCAGAUCUGCAUACACAUUGUUAUAUUGUUUUGGCAGUGUGAGUACAACGCAUGUACUAUUCUAAUACCAAAUUUGCAUCACAUGCACUGAACAUUGACCAAAAAGUGAAGUACUCAAAAGUUUAACGAUAAAUAUGUGGACACAAAUUCAUAUGCAAGACGAUUUUGUUUGUUUACAAUGUAAUCAGAGGACGCACAUAAAAAUCGUUCAUAAAAAUGCUUCUCGCUCUUAUCCUGUAUGCUGCAGCCUAUAUAAAAAGCUAAAGCCUUAGCUCACAUGUAAGAGGCUGUUCACAUAAUAUAUCUUAAACCAUGUAGAAAACAUGAGGUGUGCCAUUUCCUUUACCGAUUUCAACGUGCUUUUAACUCAUGCUCCAGUCAUUGCUAAGCAAUCGUCAGCUGCACUCUCCAAGCAAGCACCACUGACAAACCCUUGCAGCAGCUCUGAUACAAGUUCUAUUUAUUCAAAAAUUUAAAAACCGCCCGAGUGUUUGGGUGUCCUACGUUAAGUUAUUUGGGUUAAUUUAGUCAAAUGGCCUACAGUUAUUACUGAAAUGUGUAUAAUUCAUACAAUGCUGGAAGCUGAUUGGUUGGUUCUUGCCACAUGACGGGCAGUGCGCUUGUGCCGCUCUGAAAAUUUGAGAUAUUUUCACCACCACAUCUCUUCCUAUUUGCGCACACAUGCCACACUUCUCUAUAUAAAAUAAAGCUUAUAAUAUGUUAAUGGCAUCUAAGUUUACACACGCUUAUAUAUAAUUGCUUAUAUAUAAUUUUUUUGCUUAGGAUUCUUGCAUCAUUUCAUAAGACCUCAAUGUAUUGUCAAGAGCCUCAGGUAUUAAUUUUUUGCCUGUGUGUGGGGGGUUUUAUUUUUGACUCUCAAAGUGCAAGUAGUCAUUGACUUGUAUUUUAUGUAAUAACCAAGAUCACAGUGUAUCUAAAAAAACUUUCUAUAAUGUUUUAAUUUUUAAAAAAUAAAUAAAAAAUUCACCUACAUCUUGGACCUUGAAAUGCUCGGAACAGCAACAUUUCAUUUACGAGUGAACUACCCCUUUAAGGAUAUCGUUAUUCAUACUGUAUCUGUGGAGCUGCCAACCACUCAAACUGACACUAGAGGGCGCUGUGCUUUCUGAAAACUGCAAUACUGGACGGAAACAUGGAUGUGGACGCAAAAAUGUUGAUUUUAUCAUUUGUAUUUGAUAUUUAAGUUAACUCUGUGUUCUUGAUGAAAAACAAUGAACAUGAUUUCAUCAAAAUGAGCGUAAAUAGCAGCUGAUAUAAACCAGCGGACACUGAAGCAUUUGUGUACAUCACAACCAAGUGAAAUCCACCAAUUUGUGUUUGUCACUUCUUUCCAUUUCUUUCUCAAGGCUCCCAGCAAGCAUUUUUUGUUUCUAAAAGAAAUCUAAUAGAUGCCUAAACAUAGACGGCUUCGUUAAAACAAGGCUAAAUUUGAUCUGUCAGUGAACAUCUAAUAGACAUCAAAGAAAAGCCCAAAACUAGACUAAUCAUCAAAUAUAAAAAAAAGAACGACUACACAUAUAAAGUCUGUCUAAUCUGUAUUUGAUGACUAGUAUAGUUUUGAUCUAUGCUUAGAUGUCUAUUAGAUCUUUACUGACAGCCCAAAUUUAGCCUUGCUUUAGCCAAGCCAUCUAGGUUUAGAUGUCUAUUAGACGUCUAAACAGAAAAUUGCUCGGUGGGCUGUUUUGUAGAAGUCUACACCUGUAAAUAAUGGGUUACAUUUGAAAUAAUCAGCUCAUCAUCCCAAGGAAUGAGGAAAGUUGUCUGAUUUGUGGCUGAAAGUAUUUCUAUUUGUACAGUCACAUCGGCAACCGAAUCACAGUGAAACUGAGCUAGCCAUAAUAAACAGACGAAGAGCAAAUCAGGACGAACAAACAUAAAUACACAAUAAUCUAAACAGAGCCACUCAAUGUACCAACAGAACCACUCAAAUAACCAGUCGAUCUUUGUGCAUUUAGGGAUGCUUUGUUCAGAUUCAGUGUGAUGUUCCACCAUUUUAAGCCUAUGAUUUGUUAUAAAGACUGUACAAACGGUUUAUGUAGUUGCAAUAUAUUAGCAGAUGUUAUCUUUAUUUUUGUUUGUUUGUAUGUAUUUCUGAGUCAGAUGUGUCCUACUCAUAAGGAGACGUCUGACAGUUUUUGUUUUGAUGCCUUUUUUUAAGUGCAAUAUAUUUAUUUCAGCUAUGAAAAAGAUAUGGCUAAUGUAAUAUU